AUGUCUGGACGCGGCAAGCAGGGUGGCAAGGCUCGCGCCAAGGCCAAGACGCGCUCCUCCCGCGCUGGCCUGCAGUUCCCGGUAGGGCGAGUCCACCGUCUCCUGCGCAAGGGCAACUAUGCCGAGCGGGUCGGGGCCGGCGCGCCCGUCUACCUGGCGGCGGUGCUCGAGUACCUGACGGCCGAGAUCCUGGAGCUGGCUGGCAACGCGGCCCGCGACAACAAGAAGACGCGCAUCAUCCCCCUGAAGCCAGAAAGGAGAGUCCGCAUGGUAGCAGAGGGCUACAUCAUCUUGACCUUGGAUUCUGUUCUCGAGACAUCCAGGUUGGGCGAUGUUAGCAAGAGCUGA